AUGGCUGCGGAGGACGUCGUCGCUGCAGGUGCUGCUGCUGGCGCUGCACCCUCAGCGCUGGUCGACUUCGUCGCAGGUACCGCAGGCGGUAUCGCCUCCCUUCUCGCGGGCCACCCUUUCGAUACGGUCAAGACUCGACUGCAAGCACAAUCGUCCACCCUCGCUUCGUCGAUAGACAAUGCUCCUUUCUCGACCGCAUCCGCCUCCUCCAAAUUGCUGUCGUCAUCGCCGGCACGGCUUCAAUACUCAUCGACGAGCGUGCCCCACCACCCUGCUGCUGCUGCACCGGCUACUGCCACCUCCUCAGGCCAUGCUGCGACGCUCACACGACCACAAUGUGCCUCUACUUCGAGUGGCGGGGGCAUUCGCAUCGCGCUACCCAUUUACCGAUCAGCAACCGACGCCUUCCGCAUCAUUAUCGCAGAGGAGCGCAUCUGGGGCCUGUACAAGGGCGUCACCUCGCCCAUGCUCGGCGUCGCCGUCAUGAACGCGUCCAUCUUCGGCAUGUACAACAUUGCCCUUCGGUAUCAGCAGACGCACCACCUGUUCGAGAGCGCACCCAUCGCACAGGCUCUCGUCGCAGGGAUGCUGAGCGGGCUGGGAUCAUCACUGAUUACGUCGCCGAUCGACCUGAUCAAGAUCCGCGAGCAGAUGGACAUCUCGGCGCGUGGGAGGGGCACGUGGGCGGUGCUCAAGCACGUCGUCCGAACCGAGGGCGUGUGGAGGGGCCUCUAUCGUGGGUGGUGUACCACGGCGGUGCGGGAUCUAGGGUACGGUCCGUACUUUGCGAGCUACGAACUGAUGAAUGCGUCGAUUGCCGGAUUUACGGGCAAGCCGCUGAGCAAUGUGGAUAUGGCGGCGAGUGGGGCGCUUGCGGGUGUAGUUGCGUGGCUGAGCACGUUCUGGGCCGACGUGAUCAAGACGAAAAUUCAAGCGACGAGUCGGUUGGAUGAUGCCCCCGGGCAAAGGAGUCUGUUCUGGUCAACGGCGAGGCAGACGUACGCAAGUGGCGGAUGGAGGGCGUUCUUCGUCGGUGUAGGGCCGACAGUGUUGAGAGCGUUGCCAGUGAACGCGGUGCUGUUCGUAACCUAUGAGGCGACCAAAGACCUGCUCAUCUCUAGAGGCUAUUAG